UCUAAUAUUCUCGUAAUGGUAUCAAAGAAUGAAACCCACUAAAGUUAUUUGAUUAGUUUAUAUGUUUAUUAAUUUAUGUAAUUUAUUUAACAUAGGGAACAAAAGUAUUUGCCAUGGCAAACAGCAGAGACAUUGAUCAAGUUGAUCGAGUACUUGAUUUGAAUAAAACUUACAACAUAACUAAUGCGGUUGUGUUUCCAAGUAAAUAUAAUGUACCACCGCCAUCGCCACAUUACAAGUAUGUUUGGAUGCUCAGUAGGCAGACUUAUAUUGAAAAAGUCCCCGAUUCAGAUGAAAUUGAAAUAUCAAACGAGCAAGAAGAUACACUAACAGCAUUUCAUGAGUUCUACAACCUUAUUGGAACUAAGUGUCCCAUAAAUUUCAUGGCCAUUGUUCUAGAAAAGAUGCCCCGAGAAUAUAUUUCAGUUAAAGAGACGGCAAAGACAGCAUACGAAUUCACAAUUGUUAAUGAAGAAAUGAAGCCAAUGUUACUGACGUUGUGGGAAGACUUUGCCAUUUAUCAAGGGAAGGAACUCAUGUCUGUGUUGGAUAGUGGCCGAUUCCCAAUAAUUUUGGGAAAGAGGGUUAUUGUCAACAACUUUAAUGGUGUUUCCCUAUGUACUCGAUCCGAUUCCAUCUUUGAAGUGAAUCCCACGAAUCCAAGAUCAGAAUCCCUUAAAAAAUGGCGAGAUGAGAGCAUUGAUCUUAUGAAGAGGUACAUCGACCUGAAGACAUAUAAACAUGCCUUAAUUGCGCUUGCAUAUCCUCCUGGCCAACCAAAGACCAAAGUUGUUAACAUUGCCGAAAUGAAUAUCCAGACGACGCGGCAAGUUUCUACAUUGGUUGUGACUAUUGUAAUCGAAAAGUUUGUGGCCCGGAAGGGGGAAGCUAUAGAUGUUUGGAUUGUGGCAAUCCUAAUGCACGCGCUGAAAAGAAGUACAAGAUGGAAGUUGCCUUGAGUGAUGAAACGGGACAAAUAGUAGGAACCAUUUUCGAUGAAGAUUUCAACCGCCUGUUGCAAAUCACAAACACAAUUCAUCGUUCAGGAUCAAUUGACAU